CCACGUCACAAUCUACGUAUUGACGGUUUUUGGUUUUUCUCGUCACAGUUUUAGCUUAUUCAAUAAGCCUCACUUCCAGUUAAACCAUUUUGAAAUUGUCAUCCGGGAGCUCGUUCACGUAAAGCCAGUAAAUUAACAGCCGAAACGCACUCCUUGAAAAGCGGAGGAGUAAAGACACCUUGAGGUCUAUAAAUCUGGCCGUCAAACGCCCCAACUCGACCAAACACGUCCCGAUAGCAUAAGUGGCAAUAUAUAGCGGACAAGCGGUCUGUAAAUUUGAUCAUCAUCGUUUUCAAUCUCCGUUUCGUUGACAUUUCCAUCACGUGGAUCGUGUAUGGGAAGACGGUACUUCUGAAAGAUAUUCACUGAACUGGAGAUACAUUCCAUGGCUAGAGAAGUCGGGCUUUCUUAGGGAGUGAGUUUAGAAGAAGAAAGAGAAGAAGGUGGAAGAAAGUUUGCUCUCUCCUUUUCCUGGUGGAGCAGCAGAACUUGAGAGGUAGUUUUUGGUGCCAAGUCCCUUUUAAACGUGGUAUAAGGGAGUUUACGUUACAGGUGUACAGCCGACCAUCUAUAAUCAACCGAAUAAGGCGUAAGCUUUACAAACCAAACACACAAUGGUGACUGACACAACAAGACUCUUGCUACUGGCAGCCAUCUUUUCUGUUUUCCUUGCGUGCCUUCCAUCGCUCGGCCAGUGCUUCGUGGUCUACGAAGAAGACGUUGAUGAAGAUAGCGAAAACGACGGCGAAUGGAAAAGAGGGUAUCCUCGUAAUAGCGUGGUCGCUGAUCCCGUACUGAGGUCGCCUGUCACGUACAAAUCAAUGAGUAAAUAUUUACAGGGACUAGCCUCCAGACGAUUCGUAAGAGACCCACAAAUGGACAAGAGGAAACAUCACACAUCGGUGCUUGGCAGAAGCAGUGUGGAGGAAUAGCAUCAGUCUUUUCUCAACAUCAGAUGGGACAUCAGAUAGGAUGAGCUGUUAUAGUUUUAGAUUAGAGUAGAACCCGAUUCAAGAUCCAAUCCUUCAUCUUCCUUUAAGCUGUGUAACAACAGUCACCUUAUUCGUAGCUCCGAAUUAUUAUGACCCUUGCCGUAAUUCCAAAACAUUAACAUUAACAAAAAAAUUAAAAACAUUUUAGCGCUACAUUUAGAUAGAGAAUACCGCUUAGUUGCUUUUAUGUCCGUAUAUAUUAUGUAUAGUUUCUGCACCAAUGAUGAAGAGUGCAGACCACCCCCCCCCCCCAAUUAAAAUUCCCUAACGACGCACCAGAAUUUAGGUCUGGUAGAGCCUUCAAAGGAUCUACAGUAGACAGACUAAAGAAAGUAGAGCAAAAUUUCAUCUUUUUUCAUGUAUAUUCCUGAUUUUGCAUACCUUAUUCCUCGUGUCUAGAUAAUAUACUGGAAUCUAUUUAGGGACAGAUCAGUUAAUCAAUUCGAAUCCAAUAUUAUUGUUCUGAGGCUUAAGGCAUGUUUUGUUGUUCAGUGAUCACUUUCUAGCUUACAUUUUAGGAUGUAUGCAUGUAUAAACAAAUUCGUCACUUUGUUGGUAUGAACACCUUCUUUUAUCUUUCUGUAGAUCAUCAUUGUCUCCCUAAAUAGGGGCAAUGCCCGGCAUUAGUUUUAACAUUAGGAAGUAUAUUUGAUGUUGUUAAUGUAGAGCAAAAUAAAGACUAGAAUGGCAAAAACAUAUAUAUUUUUUCUAAGCUAUUAACGUUGGGCAUAUGUUUAAAGGCAUUUUGUUACGUGUGUUUAAUUGUGCUAUAGUAUUUCAUUUUAGUUUUCAAUAUUUAAGAUUGCCUAUUAUCAUACCUUGUAAUAUUGGAGAAAUGUACUUGUAAACCACCAAAUAUACUAGCAGAGGUUAAGGGCGUGUGAAGUAUGUAUGUAAAUAAUAAAAGAAGAGAAAAAAACACAACUAGCACGGAGCUUUAUGCAAGGUUCAGAUAUGAAUGGUGCUUUAUAAGGAAUUAUGAAACUCUGCAUAAAUCCAGAAUUGCAUUUAUUGUUCAUCCAUCAAGCGGAAUGUAGAAACUUGAAAUUGGAAUAUUUCUGUUUGAACGUCUGCCGAAGUACAGAUAGAACAUUUGUGACAAUGCAAUGCAUUUGAAAUAGAUGGAUUGAGGGCGUGUA